UCGGUGCUGCUGCCCGGCAGUCAUCGAGGAGCGACCGCGCCUGCCUGCUGGGACCGACGGGGGGGGCUGCGGGACCAACAUUUUUUAAAACAGGUGUCUCUGGCGGUCGCAGCAGUGACAUGGACAGCGGCGGCGACUCCACUCCCUGCAGAGCGAACACAGGAGCGUCUCCUGAAGCGCAGAGCAGAAAAUGACUCAGAGAAAUGGGAUCGGAGGGACGAGCGAUCGCUGCCUCCGCUCGAGGGCCUCCGCCGACCUCGAGCUGGCCAACGGCAUGCAGAAAGGUCAAGAGGCCAACGACUGCGAAUGCGAGGAGGGCGGGCAGGGGGGCGAGCGCAGAGACUCCGCGGCCGUGACGGGAGCGACCGCAGCUCCAGAUGGCGGCUGGGGGUGGGUGGUGCUGGCCGCCACCAUCAUGGACCUGGCGCUGACCCUGGCGUUCCCGUCCUGCGUGGGAAUCUUCUACACCGACCUGCAGAACGAGUUCCACGCCACCAACAGCGAGACCUCCUGGGUGCCCUCCAUCAUGACGUCGAUGCUUCAUGCGGGAGGUCCUUUCUGCAGCGUGCUGGUGGAGAGACUCGGUUGCCGGGCGACAGUCAUGUUGGGCGGCGUCCUGAGUGGGCUCGGGAUGGCCGCCAGUUCGUUUACCCAGUCCAUCAUCCAGCUCUACAUCACGGCCGGGGUUAUUACAGGACUCGGUUUCUGCUUCUGCUUCCAGCCGGCGGUGACGAUCCUCGGUCACUACUUUGUGCGUCGUCGUGCAUUCGCCAACGCGAUGUCCUCCACGGGCACGGCGCUGGGACUGUGCACUCUGCCCUUGCUGGGUAACUACCUCCACACCGAGCUGGGCUGGAGGGGCAGUUUCCUCGUUCUGGGGGCCAUCCUGCUGAACUGCUGCGUGUGCGGGGCCGUGAUGAGGCCCGUGGAGCGCCCCAAGCAUCGGGGCCAGCCGCUGAUGAACCACGGCCCGCCUCCGCCCGAGGAGGAAACCGUGAGGAAGAAAAAAGGAAGGAUGAGGAGGAUAUGGGGUUAUUUGUUAGCUUCCCUGAGCAAACACAUGGCGUUCGACCAGUUCUGCUACAACUCCCGGUACUGCGUGUACGCCAUCGGCAUCACCUGGAUGAUGCUCGGGUUCGUGGUGCCGUUGGUGUAUCUGGUUCCCUACGCCACAGCGUACAACAUGGAGCAGAGCCGGGCGGCGCUGCUGCUCUCCAUCCUGGGCAUGGUUAACAUCGUGGUGCGGCCGCUGUUCGGCAUCGUCUUCAACAUGCCCUGGUUCAAAGGGCGACACAUUUACGUGUUUGCGUCGGCUCUGCUGGUCAACGGGCUCAGUAACAGUAUCUGCUGCAUCGGGCCCAGCUUCCCCGUGCUGCUGACGUACGUGAUGAUGUACGGGCUGUCCAUGAGCGUGGUGGGCUCCCUGAUGUUCACCGUCCUCAUGGAUAUCGUGGAGAUGAGCCGCUUCCCCUCAGCUCUGGGCCUGCUCGCUGUCAUGGAGAGCAUCACGCUGCUCAUCGGGCCUCCACUGGCAGGAGUCCUGGUCGAUAAGACGGGCCAUUACUUCUACGUCUUCUUUGCCUGCAGUGCCGUCGUUGCCUCCGCCGCCGUGUUCCUCAUGGUGUCGUUCUGCUGGCUGGAUAAAAGGGACAGGAAGUUGUCAAAGCAGGGUCAGCCAUCCGCGCUGCCCGAGCCAGCGAAACCCUCUGUUGACUUGGCUCCGGGCUGUCAGUACAGCAGCGUGCCCACAGAGGGGGACAAAGACAAGGCCUCGUCUAACGGCGCCGAAUACAUCACCAGCCUGUGAACCCGCUCUCACCGUGUGCCACCGCCAACACGCAUCACAGUCUGGCUCACACUGCGCCGCAGUGAUUCGCUAACGUUUGCACCAGCUCGCUCGGUGCUCCAGAUGUGCCCCGCUCUGCCAUCGGGUGUCAAAACAAACACUACGAGUGAUUUGCGCUGCGGCCAAAGAUGCUUGAUCCUACAAACCAAAACGAACAGAUGUGCACUUACUACAACGUGAUUGUACUAUUUAUUGCAAAAAGCUGCUGUGAUCACACAAUCUGUCAUACGUGAGGAGUCUCACUUUAUCAAGCCAAGUUACGUACAUAACCUUUGUUAAAGAAAACACUCAAAAUGCUUUCCACAUGGAGUGUUUAACCCUUCGAAUCCUGAGCAAAAUGGUUUAAUUUCUUUGAAAAACAUGGGGAGAAGGCUACGAGUGACUUAACAAGACAUGGAA